AUGGAGGCCUCAAUCCAGGCUCGGGAGGCGCGUGAUAUUGCGAUGACCACUACAUUCGCCGGCGAGCAUCGCGACAGGCCUUUCACGCCCGACGGCAGCUUCAGCCUCCUCCGGCCUGCAGGCAGCCUCACCUGGCUGUUUACCUACCUGAAGCUUCUGCUCAACUAUGGAUCCGCUGCCUUUGUCUCCUUCCCCGCCUCUCCCUCUCUGUCGUCCAUCCUCUCGUCACCACCCCUUUUUCUUCGUAUCGAGAUCGCUGAGAAAUACCUUUGUAAACCAUCAAGAGGGCCCCGCUGGCCUCCUAACAUGGCAGACCGGGGUUCCCUGCGUGUGCUUCGGGAGCUGAAGCAGCUCGAACGGAGUGACCAGCUAGCGAUCACUGUGAGUUACAAGGAACGCAACAUUCGGGAUAUCAACGCCCUCAUCAUCGGGCCCCCUGGCACUCCGUAUGCAUAUGGCUUCUAUCAGGUGAGAUCCCUGAACGAUGCUCUCGAUGCAACAGGGCAAAAGGACCCAACCCGUCUAACUGGCACAUGCGAGAGAGGUAGUUCUCCAUCAUCAUUCCCCAUGAUAGAGUACCCAGCAAGACCUCCCAAGGUCUCCCUCCGAACAACCAACAAAGGGCUCACUCGAUUCGGCCCAAACUUGUAUGCAAAUGGCAAGGUCUGCCUCACCUGGACAGGUGAGCGGGGAGAGGAAUGGUCAGCAGCACAAGGGCUAGAAUCUGUGCUGCUUUCUAUCCAAAGCCUCCUGGCCACAAAGCCCUACUUCCUGGAGCCUGGAUUUGAACACGACACCAAUGAAAAAGACGUAGAGAUUUACAGCUCCAAGAUCCGGCACGAGAAUUUGCGCCUUGCGAUCAUCGCACCCCUGGAGAAGGCUUUUGGGAUAGAGCCGGUUGCAGACCCGCCGAGUUCUCGAUCAGAGUCACAGUCACGCGAAGAAUCAUCUGAGAAUAUGAUCCUGAACCAUCUUGGCAGAGCGAAUCUAGAGGUCGAUCUAUUCGAAGACUUUUGCAAACAGCGCUUACUGUGGUAUAUGGAGCUAUACAAGGACGCAACCCAGGAGGGCAUCACGAAAGAGGGCGAUCGUCAUUUGAGCCGAUUCCCCCAAAUGGCGUUCGAGAGUCGCGGCAAUAACAUGUGCGGCCAGUGGGAUUAUCACACCCUCAAGGACCGCCUUGACGUGCUCGAGAAGCUCAUCAUCGAGGAGACCGACCGAUGGCCAAUGGAGGGUCUGCAGGCCGCCAAGGACGAUGCCGGUAUCGCGGUUAGCCUGCGCGCCCAGCUAGAGCAGAUCUCAGCCGCACUAGCCGUUCGCAGCGAAGGGACAAUAGAGGUGAAGAUGGUUGACGAGAACCCCUUUCUUUGGCGACUCACGUACAUAGGUCGCCCCAUGACCCAAUUCGACGGCGGGAUCUUGAAAGUCAAGAUUUACAUCAGCCCUCGUCACCCCGUGCAGCAGCCGCGCGUGUUUCUUGAAACCCCGUUGUAUCAUGUGCGCGUGUCGACUCAGAACGUGCUGGCCUACCUCCCAGCGCGUGCCGAGGAGAUGAGUCGCCAUAUCGAUGGGAUAAUCACCUCCUUGGAGGAGGAGCAGCCACCAUUCAAUCCCUACAUGACCGUGAACCCCGAAGCAACCAAGCUCUGCUGGGGGUCGAAGGACGAGCAGCGGCUGUACGCCCGGAAGCUCCGUCGCUCGGUCGAGAAGACGAUGGAGUAA